AGAGGUUCCUGAUCUGGAUGUCAAGAUUGUUGUUGCAGUUGGGAAUUAUUGAAGCCCUCCUGAAUUUUCCCUUAUUUGUUCUUGAACUUUGACUUAGCUAUAUGUUAGGUUGUUGGGUCAAUGCUCAUGGCAGAUAUUCAAAUAAUGGCAUGGAAGUUGUUAAGGCCUGCGAUGGAAGUUUCAAAAUUGACUCAAGACUUAUCUGUGCAAUGAGGAAUGUCGGUGUGGUACAAGGCCGAAUCUCUCAUUAGAAAUAUAUUUCGGAGGGGGAAAGUCAAAUCUCCAUGUAGGAUUUGGGCAGAAAAGCUUUCCAACUGCUCUUGGAUAUGGCCCUUGAAUUGAAACAGGGGUUUGGGUGGGGACAAGAGAAGUACGGAGGACCCAACCCAUAUUUGCAUAAGCUUACCUCCAUUGAGAUGCAGAGUCUUCGUUCUUUUCCUUUCUGUCCAAGGCUCUAGAUUUCACAGAAGAGUACUUUCUCACAUUCUUCUCUUCUACACCCAUUAUGAGCUGUAAGCCUAAAUAACAUACAGGGGAUUCAUGACUUGCUUAGGUUGUGUUUUGUGGGGGCACAGUGGUUUAGGAUCCAAUGGUUUGGUUCGUGGUCGAGCCCAACAACUCCCUUGUCAAGCUAAAGAUCCCUUCGAACACCAACAAUUGACAUUGUCUGCGGGAACAAACAGACUUCAUAAAACCACCAACGCCAACAUGUUCAUUUGAUUUCAGUGAACUAGUUUCUUUAUAUUUCACAAAUCUUUUGACCAUGACUAUGUGUUUAUGGGCUUGAGAUGUAGCUCAUUGCUAAUGCUUUAUAACAGUGGAUUGGAAGUUCUAAAAUUCACACCACAAAACCCAAAAAAUAUAUUUCUAUAUUUUUGUAAAAAUAACCAAUUGCUACUAAAUAUACCUCUUUUGUUUUUUAUUUUUCCAUUAAAAGACUAAUCAAUAUGUCAAUAUUUUCCCUUCUUCUGACUUUUUCUUCAAAUAUUAUAAAAGGGAUAAGGUCAAAAUCAAUAACCUUGAAAUGUUGGUCCCCAUCAAUCCUACGUGUACAUCCUGCAUGCACAGCUAGAUGACACAUCAGCUGUAGGACCCAACCAAUAUAGAACAGCCAUGUGUCCAGAGGGAGACUCAUCAUCUGAGCAUUGCUUCGCUGUCACGAUCACCAAAAUUCACAAACCAGAGAGAGAGGAGAGAGAAGAGAGAAGAGGCUAUGGAGAAUCACGGAGAAGAUGGUAGAGGCAAGGGCUUGAAAGAGGGGAAAGGAGAAGAAGAGGAGGUGAUGGGUUCGAGCUUGACAAUGGAGAGGGUGGCUGCAGCCAAGCAGUUCAUCGAGAGCCACUACAAAGCCCAUAUGAAGCUCAUUCAGGAACGCAAGCAAAGGCGCUCGGUGCUGGAAAGAAGGUUAGCAUCUUCAGAUGUACCAGAAGAGGAACAAAUCAAUAUAAUUAAGGACUUGGAGCGCAAAGAGACAGAAUAUAUGCGACUUAAACGGCACAAAAUUUGUGUUGAUGAUUUUGAGAACCUAACUAUUAUAGGGAGAGGGGCUUUUGGAGAGGUCCGAUUGUGUCGGGAGAGGUUAUCUGGCAAUAUUUAUGCCAUGAAAAAGCUAAAGAAGUCGGAAAUGCUAAGCAGGGGACAGGUGGAACAUGUUAGAGCUGAAAGGAAUUUGCUUGCAGAAGUUGACAGCCAUUUCAUUGUAAAACUUUAUUAUUCUUUUCAAGAUGAUGAGUACUUGUACUUAAUUAUGGAAUAUCUGCCUGGUGGUGACAUGAUGACUUUGCUGAUGAGAGAAGAGACUUUAACUGAAACUGUGGCUAAGUUUUACGUAGCUCAAAGUGUCCUGGCCAUAGAGUCCAUUCAUAAACAUAACUACAUUCACAGAGAUAUAAAGCCAGACAACCUUAUAUUGGACAUAAAUGGUCACAUGAAGCUCUCUGACUUUGGCCUUUGCAAGCCUCUUGACUGUUCAAAUCUAGCUGCUAUAAAUCAACAUAGGGCCGUCAAUUAUGAACGCCUGAAGGAAUCCAUGGAUGUUGAUGAAUCCUGUCCAAAUUAUGAGCAUGUGAAACAUUGGAAAAGUUCCCUUGAACAACUUCAGCAGUGGCAGAAGAGCAGGAGGACAUUGGCAUUCUCCACGGUAGGCACACCGGAUUAUAUUGCUCCAGAAGUCUUACUGAAGAAAGGAUAUGGCAUGGAAUGUGAUUGGUGGUCACUAGGUGCAAUUAUGUAUGAGAUGCUUGUUGGAUAUCCCCCAUUCUACUCUGAUGACCCAAUAACAACAUGCAGAAAGAUUGUGCAUUGGAAAAAUCACUUAAAAUUUCCUGAGGAGGCAAGGUUGACCCCUGAAGCAAAGGAUCUGAUCUCGAGGAUGCUUUCUGAUGUGGACCAUAGGCUCGGUACUAAUGGGGCAGCAGAAAUAAAAGCACAUCCAUGGUUCAAGGAUGUUGAAUGGGACAAACUCUACGAGAUGGAGGCAGCAUUUAAACCAGAGGUCAAUGGAGAACUUGAUACUCAGAAUUUUAUGAAAUUUGAUGAGGUGGAUCCUCCAAAACCAACAAGAACUGGAUCUGGAAUGUCAAGGAAGCUGCUUUUAACUCCCAAAGAUCUAAGUUUUGUGGGCUAUACAUACAAGAAUUUUGAUGCUAUCAAAGCAGCACGCCAUUCUUUUGAUACAGAGAGGGGUGCACUAUCCAAACAUUCAUCUACCAAUUCCAUCCUGAGUGAUUCUGGAGUGGAUUAUUCCAAUAUCCCAGCAGAAAACUCAGAAACACAGAUGCAUGCAUCACCAGGGGAUGUCAUGUCGCAGUGAAGAACGUCCUGAGCCUGACCAUGUAAAGCAUCUUCAUGACAAAUAGACAAACCCCUUGUGGAAACACCCGCUUAUUUCUCUGUCAGGUUUUGCCCUAAUCUGCACCAGCAAUGAAGCUGAAUGCUGUAUUUUUCAAGACCGAGGAAGUGUACAGUUAUAUUAGAGGAACUCCAUGGAUGCCACUUUGAUUGGCUGACUGGUGGCAGUAUUAAUAGAUAUAAUCUAUAGUUUUGGUGUCUGAAUAGGGAGUCCUGGCUACCCAGUUUGGCACUUGGCAGAGCUGAUUCUGCCUUCCCCUGAGGUGGUUUCGGGCCUUUUCCCUUUUCCAUUUCUGCUUUCUUGGGAAACAGCAAAAUUCUCUAUGACUGCAUUAGAGACUGAUAACUAACUACUGUGAGGGAAGCCACUGAACACUAGAAUUCGAGUUGUCAUUUCUGCAGAUUGAAGAAUAAGUUCUUCUGAUCUUGUAUUCAAAUCGACUCUUUUCUGUUUAUGUAUUUGUCUCUGCAACUUUGAUUGAUUA